AUGGGGGAAGCAAGUGAAUUUCGAAGCUGGGAUGAAUUGAUUCCUGAUGCAUUAGGGGUAAUCUUCACAAAUCUUUCUCUUCAAGAGAGAGUGACAGUGAUUCCUAGGGUAUGCAAAUCAUGGGCUAGAGCGGUUUCUGGACCUUAUUGUUGGCAAGAGAUUGACAUUGAGGAAUGGAGUAAUCACUGUCAAUCUGACAAACUUGACCAAAUGCUUCAUAUGCUUAUCAGUAAAAGUUGUGGAUCUCUCAGAAAGCUGUGUGUUUCUGGUCUUCAAUCUGAGACCAUUUUCACUUUCAUUGCUGAAAAUGCUGGUUCGCUUAGGAGUUUAAGAUUGCCAAGGAGCAAUAUGAGUGAUUUGGUUGUGGAACAAAUUGCUGGAAAAUUUUCCAUGAUAACAUUCUUGGAUGUGAGCUAUUGUAUCAAAAUCAGUGCUUCUGCUAUUGAAAUGAUUGGCAUGAACUGCAAAAUGCUAGAAGGGUUAUGCAGGAACAUGCAUCCGUUGGAUACCGCAGACAAGCCAUUACAAGAUGACGAGGCGUACGCGAUUGCAGCCACAAUGCCUAAGCUCAAGCAUCUCGAAAUGGCUUAUCAAAGGAUAAGCACUUCCGGGGUUGUUCGGAUAUUUUCAAACUGUCCUAAGCUUGAGUUUUUGGAUCUGCGUGGGUGUUGGAGUGUUAACCUAGACAAUAACGUGAAGGGUUUUCCGAAACUUAGAGUUUUGGGGCCUUAUGUUCUUGGUGCUUAUGAGAGUGAUGGUUGGGAUGAUGAUUACUCAGAUGUUUCAGAUGAGUUUGCUUGGGAUUUUGCAGAUGGUAAUGAAUACUAUGUUGAUUAUGAUAGUGAUGGUUAUGAAGAGAGAAUUGAAGAUGAACUUGAGUUUGGAUUUUAUGAAGGGAUAGAAGAUGCUGCAAUGUAUUGGCCUCCAUCUCCAUAA